UUAUUAUUAUUUGUUUUUGAACAGCGCAUCUGCUUCGUUAUCUUGAUAUAUCUUCAAGAAGUUUGUAAAUUAUUGUAUUUGGAUGUUAGGUUUUUCAAUAGUUUAAGUAACUCCACAUGUAUGUGAACUCAUUUUAGCCACGCAUCUAACUAAAGUUUGUGGCUUUAAGCUUCUUUAAUGUGAUUUAAAGGAAUCUUGCAAUUUGAAGACUCUUUGUUUUUUGGAAAAUUAGGAAUUCAUUUCUGGUUUCUUUCACUCUCAUUGGCUAUUGUUUUUGUCUUUCCCUUUGAUGGCAGUGGUGUAACAAGUGUCUUAAAAAUAUGGGAUAUUUAGCUACUAGCUUUCUUGUUCUGUUUUCAUAAACAUACAGUAUUUCUUCAAAAGUUUGAACUUUGCAGUUUGUGGCCAUUUGUUGCAUACCAUGGCUUCUCUUCUGCAUAAUUUCUGGGCAGCCCCCCGUUUUGCUCCUAGCCUAGACUAUAAACCUCAGUGUAUAGCUCGGUUCACGUGUUUAGCUAGCAGGGACUCCACAUUUUUUCCUUCAGAUUCUAUUAUAGUUAAUGGUGUGUCCUCUAUUGAGGAAAAGGAGAAAAGUAGCCCAAUAGUUGAUGUGAAAAAUGAUUAUCUGGCUUCAGCUAUUAAGGAGAAGAGCAAGGAGGAUAUUCAAAACAAGUUGGAUCCCCUUUGGGAUGAUGGAUAUGGAACUCAAACUGUUAAGGAUUAUCUUGAGAUAGGAUUGGAGAUUGUUAAGCCCGAUGGAGGUCCUCCGCGGUGGUUUACUCCUAUAUCAGCUGGUCCUCCUUUGCAAGACUCUCCUCUCCUUCUUUUUCUGCCGGGAAUGGAUGGCACUGGCAUGGGUCUUGUUUUGCAUGAGAAGGCUCUUGGGAAAGUUUUUCAGGUUUGGUGCUUGCAUAUUCCUGUGUAUGAUCGAACACCAUUUGAUGAACUGGUGAAACUUGUCGGGAGAACUGUGAGGAUGAAGCAUACUUCAUCUCCAAAUAAGCCAAUUUAUUUAGUUGGAGAUUCAUUUGGAGGGUGCUUGGCUCUUGCUGUUGCUGCUCAUAACCCUAAGAUUGACCUUGUUGUGAUAUUAGCUAAUCCAGCAACUUCAUUUGGCAGGACACAACUUCAACCUUUGCUUCCUCUUCUAAAGUCUUUGCCUGAUGAAUUUCAUGUUACAGUUCCUUAUCUUCUGAGCUUUAUUAUGGGUGAUCCAAUGAAGAUGGCAAUGGUUAACAUUGAUUCGAUGCUUCCUCCUGGACAAAUUAUUCAACGUCUCUCUGACAACCUCACUGAUUUGCUGGUCCACCUAUAUGGUUUAGCUGAUAUUAUACCGAAGGAAACUCUUCUCUGGAAGUUGAAGCUUCUUAGAUCUGCUUCAUCUUAUUCAAAUUCGCGUCUCCAUGCUGUUAAUGCUGAAGUACUUGUGAUUGCUAGUGGCAAGGAUAACAUGCUUCCAAGUGGGGAUGAAGCUAAGAGGCUUGCAAAUUCAUUAAGAAACUGCAAAGUACGAUACUUCAAAGACAAUGGGCAUACUAUUUUAUUGGAAGAUGGUAUUAAUCUGCUAUCCAUCAUCAAAGCUACUGGCAAAUAUCGACGUUCAAAAAGACAUCAUUAUGUCAUGGAUUUUCUGCCUCCUAGUAUGUCAGAGUUCAAGAAUGCAAUCAAGGACAAUAGAUGGUUUCUCAAUUUUACUGGACCAGUUAUGCUGUCCACGAUGGAAAAUGGGAAAAUUGUAAGAGGUCUAGCGGGGGUCCCAUGUGAGGGCCCUGUAUUGUUGGUCGGUUAUCACAUGCUUAUGGGUUUAGAAAUUGUCCCUCUUGUUCAAGAAUAUUUAAGGCAGAGGAAAAUUUUACUUCGUGGAAUAGCACAUCCAACGUUGUUUACUCAGCUGGUCGAGAGUCAAACUAAUGCAACCUCAUUCUUUGAUAUGCUGAGAUUAUAUGGAGCUACGCCUGUCACUGCCAGCAACUUUUUUAAGUUGCUUGCAACAAAGUCACAUGUUCUAUUGUAUCCUGGUGGUGCCCGUGAGGCCUUACAUCGUAAGGGAGAAGAGUACAAGGUUAUUUGGCCUGACCAACCAGAAUUCAUCAGAAUGGCUGCAAAAUUUGGUGCGACAAUUGUACCAUUUGGGGUUGUAGGGGAAGAUGAUAUAGCACAGUUAGUUCUCGACUAUGACGACCUAAAAAGUAUUCCUAUUUUGGGUAAUCAGAUAAAGAGUGAGAACGAAGAGGCAGCCAGUAGGGGCUUAACAGUCAGGUCGGACAUGGACGGGGAGAUUGCCAACCAAAUGUUGUAUAUCCCAGGCCUUUUACCGAAGAUACCUGGUCGUUUUUACUUCUUGUUUGGGAAACCUAUUCAUACAAAGGGAAGGCAAGACCUGGUCAAAGACAGAGAGAAAGCAAGAGAAUUAUACUUGCAGGUAAAAUCUGAAGUUCAAAAUAACAUGAAUUAUUUGCUUAAGAAAAGAGAGGAGGAUCCUUACCGAAGCGUCAUUGAUCGAACCGCAUAUAAAGCAUUUUCAGCAACUUUUGAUGAUGUCCCUACAUUUGACUAUUAGGUGACCAGUUAGAAGUUCGAUUUAUUCAUUUAUCAAAUGUUGUAUAUGUAUUCAUGUUCAAUUCUAUAUUGUAAUUUUUUUUAAAAAAAAUAAAUUGUUACUAGGUAUGUUCCAAUAUGAGCAAGCUUUCCACCAAUAAAAAAGGUAAAUAUCAAAUCUU